UUUUAGUUUGGUGGAGUAAUGUGGAGUAAACAGCCCCGACGGAAGUAAAAUGAGGUUAGGCUAGGAGCACACUGACGAGCAGAAAUGCGUUCGGGGAUCCGGAGGGUGGUUGUCGGCAUGUCGGGGGGCGUGGACAGCGCCGUCUCGGCGUUUUUAUUGAAGAAACAAGGCUUCGACGUCGUUGGAGUCUUCAUGCAGAAUUGGGAUGUAAACGAAGAGAUCAAUACGUGUACGAUCGAGCAAGAUUACAACGAUGCGGAACGCGUAUCCAAUAUACUUGGGAUACCUCUGCAUCGCAUCAACUUUGUCAAAGAAUACUGGAACAACGUGUUUAGCAACUUACUGACGGAUUAUAAGAAUGGGUUUACACCCAACCCAGAUAUUAGUUGCAAUAAGUAUAUCAAGUUUCGCCGCUUCUUUGAUUACGCGACCAACAAGCUAGGCGCGGAUGCAAUAGCUACUGGACAUUAUGCAAAUACAAGUUUUGGUACAUACUUGGAAAAUUAUGUCUCAAAUAAAAAUGUAAAACUCCUGCAAGCAAAAGAUGCAAUAAAAGAUCAAACAUUCUUUCUGUGCCAAAUACCCCAAGACUCUCUCAGGCAAACUAUGUUUCCGUUAGGAAAAUAUUACAAAAAAGAAGUCGUGGAAAUGGCACGAAAAAACGGCCUGACUGAUGUCGCUAAUAAAAGAGAGAGCACGGGAAUAUGUUUCAUUGGUAAACGCCGUUUCCAAGAAUUCAUCUCUCAGUACAUGUUCGAAAGACCUGGUAACUUUAUAGACUUAAAUACCGGCAAAGUCGUCGGAAAGCACAAGGGUUUUCACCAGUGGACAUUGGGACAGGGAUGCAGAAUCGGAGGUGUUACAAGGCCAUACUUUGUAUUCCGUAAAGACGGCGAAUCCAGUAACAUUUUUGUGGUUGAAGGAACCAACCACCCUGCGUUAUACACGCAAUUGGCACGAACUUCAGAGGUUCACUGGAUUGACCCAGACACGGCAGACUUAGUUAAGCAACGGACCAUUUUUCAUUGUGGUUUUCGUUUUCAACAUACCCAUCCUCUCACGCCGUGUACAGUAGUCCAAACCCUCGACAAUCGGUUAAUUAUCCAUGUCAAAAAACCACUCCGCGCUGUAACGCCAGGGCAGUUUGCUGUAUUGUAUUUAGAUAACGAGUGUUUAGGAGGUGCUCAAAUGCAGAGUAUCGGACCGUCGGUUUACUCAUUACAAAAACAUCGUACAGGUCAUGUAUAA